AUGGCAACUAAAAUUUCCAUAGAAUUAUUGAUUAUGAUUUUAAAUAAUGUUCAAUCACCUCGUUCAACUCAAGAUUUAUAUUCAUCCUUAUUAGUUAAUCGAAUCUGGUGUAAAGUUGCUAUACCUAUACUUUGGGAGUUACCUUUGGGUCAAGAGUGUAUGGAUAAUAAGAAGAUGAAUAAGAAAGCAUUAUGUAUUCGAACUUAUAUAUCAUGUGUGGAUGCUCAAGCUAGAACUUUACUUAAACAAAAUGGAUUUGAUUUAGCGUCAUCGCCACCUCAAGCCACUUUUGAUUAUCCAUCAUUCACUCAUAAAUUUAGAAUUGAUAAUUUAAUUUAUUUUGUUUCCCUAUAUUCACAACAAAUUAUUAAUUCAGAUAAAGAUAAUAACAACAAUGAUAAUAACGAAAUCAUCAUCACAAAAUCGAGAAUAUUAUUUCAUGAGAUAUGUAAAUUAAUAAUAAAUAGUUGUUCAUUUCUGGAUUCUUUUAAAUUGGCGAGAGUCCCCGAAAAAUUUUCUCCGUAUUUUCUAAAUUAUAGUGAUUUAAUAGGUUCAAUUCUCAAGUUACCUGGUGCCCCAAAAGUAUUUAAGAAAUUAAAAAGUCUUUCUUCGAUAAUAAGAGAUGAACGGAUUCGUCCAUUAUAUGAAUCAUUAGCAUUAAUUUCUGAUAAUAUUUUAAAUAUGGAUUUGUCCUCAAAUUCUCAAGCAAAAUCUUUAGCAGAACUUAUUAUUGCUCAAAAACGCUUAGAAAAUCUAUCAAUUGUUGCUUAUAGAUAUGAAAGUCAUGAUUUAUUAUUUUGGGCUAUCAUUAGUCAGAAAGAAACAUUAAAGAGUCUUUGUUUAAAAUCUGUAAAUUUUUAUUAUUUCAAGGGGAAAUCACCAAUUGGACAAUUUAUUUCGCUCCAAAAACUUAAUAUUGAAAAUUGUCAUGGAUUGUGUAGAUUGGGUAGUGAUAGUUUAUUCUUUGCUUCGUCAUUUAAUCAAUUAAGCAGUUUUCGUUUCAUAGAUAAAUUUGGAAGGUAUCAUCAAGAAUUUGUUAUAAAAAUUCUCGAAGCAGCCAAUACAAAUUUAAAAAAUCUUUUUCUAGAUUUAUAUUCUGCAAUUACAUUAGAUACAUUUUCAGCAAUUUUAAAUUAUUGUACAAAGAUUACCAAUUUAACUUUGGAUAAUUUAAAUCUUGAACAAAUAAUAGCAAUAUUUAAUAAUAAUUUUAAUGAAUUAAGAAGUUUUUCAUUUAAUUGUGAAAUAGGAUUGGACGCUAAUAAAUUAUUAUGUCAAAUGGCUAAAAAUGUACCGGAAUCGCUUGAAACUAUUGAAAUUAGAAUGGGGAGAUUUACUGCUGAUAGUUUAAGAAUUUUUUUUGAAGGAUGGUGUUAUAAAGGAGGAGGAGAAAAUAAAAAGAUUAUUGUAAAACGUACAGAACAAGCGCGACUAUUUGUAUUAAGUGAUGAACAUCGUAAAGUUAUUGAAGAAUAUGGUGUUCAAGUUAAUAUAGAAGAAUAA